AUGGGAGUUAUGGGCGAGGCUGGAGAUCAGGUGCACCUCGUGUUCGCCUAUUACGUCACAGGUCACGGUUUCGGUCACGCAACCCGCGUCGUCGAGGUGAGCCUGGGGAAGCUCCUCCAGAGUGCUGCAAUUCUAAAUUGCUCAUCUCUCUCUCUCUCUCUCUCUCUCUCUCUCUCUCUGAUCGUGCUUUUUUGUGGUUUGUUUUUUCUAUCUAAUUUGGAACUAGCCGUAGAUGCUGUCUUACACUUCUUUGUGAGAGAGUAAAAGACAAAGUGCAUACAUACGAGAGCUGGACUAGAAUUAUGGUGCUGUCCUUCAUGCUCGCCAGGGGACUAGAAAUUGCAAGACUUUUCUUCGUUUAAAAGUUUUCAUUCCAACUUGUUCUUUGCUUGUUUCACUGUGGGUGAACCUCUCAGUCAUCGGUUUUCAUCGCAGAACCUUGUGUAAGUAAAUGGAAUAAUAAAAUUAAUUUUUGAUUUAUCCUUGCUUGGAUUAUAUUUAUUCUUUCAGAUGUUUUUUUUCUCUUCAUUUACUUAUGUUUUCUUGAUUAAAUUACAAUUUGCAGGUGGCCAGGCAUCUCAUAGCUGCCGGGCAUGUCGUACACAUUGUAACUGGUGCUCCAGAUUUUGUUUUCACUAGCGAGAUACGGUCACCAAACCUCCACAUUCGCAAGGUUGGAAGUUUAUGCCACCGUUUGUACCGUAUGUAUGACUUAAGUGAUGUUCUUUCACCAUUUUAAUGUCAUCUACUUGAAUUUUUCGCUUUUGUUGCUGAAAACUUUCACCGUUGAGAGCUUUUAUUGUAUACACGAUGCCUUUGGUUUCAGAGCUUUAGGCUUUGAUUUGAAUCUUUUGUGAGAAAAGAUGCCUCUCUUUCUGAUGAUUUCAGGUUUUGCUCGACUGUGGGUCUGUGCAAGCAGAUGCCUUGACAGUAGAUCGGCUUGCUUCUUUGGAAAAGGUCAGGAUGAAAUCCUCAAAUGGGCUUUAACAUUGGACCUUCUUUCUCUAAUUUCCUUCUCCCAUCUUGAUUUUAGAUUUUUCAUCCGUAUUUUAUUCGUUUUUUUUCCUCGAUGUAGUAUUCCCAAACGGCUGUGCUACCUCGAGCAUCUAUUCUUGCAUCCGAAGUAAAGUGGCUGAAAUCCAUCAAUGCUGACCUAGUGGUAUGUGCAUCUUUACUCUAUCACAUCCGUUUUUUGUUUCAUAGUCUCUCAAACGAUUAAUCUCAGUGCAUUAAAACAUUAAUGACAGUGUACCAUGGUUAGAUCAUAGUAAUAUUCAGAUUGGUUGAUCAUCAUCAGGUCUCCGAUGUUGUUCCCAUCGCAUGUAGAGCCGCAUCAGAUGCUGGGAUUCGCUCGGUUUGUGUCACAAACUUCAGGUAAAGCAUUUUAAAUUCAGGAUGGACAUUGCUGCACGAUCAUGCUCAACAGAUAGAGCCAGGAGGAUCCUUGGAAGUUCAAACUUUCAUUUCAAUUGUACAGCGGUAGUAUGAUGUCCCGAAAACUAAAUGCCAUCUCUUUACAAGAUAAUCUAUAUCUUACCUUGAGAAAACUCCGUUUCUCAAGUGCUCUUGCCGCUCCUUUUGAGGAUCUCCCUAAUCCUUAGCCGCAAGUUCUGCCUUUGCAAAUAAGAAACAACACAUAGGUGUUCUCCAUUCAAUUUUGCGCUCUGGAUUCCAUUCUGUUUCAAGAUUUCAUAGGUGUUCUCCAUUCAAGUUAAAAAAUGGCCGAUGGUUUCAUCGUAUGUUAAAUUUGUCUUUUUAUUUUUAGCAUCUGUGUUACUCUGAAAUUUAUUUUUUGUACUGAUUUAGUUAUUAGCAACCUCAAAGGAUGCUAACAUAUGAUGACAACAAAUUAUUUUAUUUUGGCAGUUGGGAUUUCAUAUAUGCAGAAUAUGUCAUGGAUGCUGGACGUCACCAUAGAUCUAUUGUUUGGCAGGUGACUUGCUACCCUUAUUUGAUGGGAAAUAAAUUAUUUUAAAAUUUUGAUAAUUUAUUUGCCAGUUUUAGGACAUGUAACGAUACACAAAUGUAAAUCAAACAGCAAGCGAAAAUAAAAUUUUGUAUGGAAAUUUCUGAUCAGUCAAGUCCAUCGUUUAUGAUAUUAUAUCUUUUAUGCCUGUGAUCCAUGCGCGAAAGUUCAUCAGACGAUCUUAUGCAUAUUUCUCUUGAUUGUUAGAUAGCUGAAGAUUAUUCGCAUUGUGAAUUCCUUAUCCGGCUUCCAGGGUACUGCCCAAGUAUGUCAAAACAAAGUCAUCAUUUAUGUCUUUUGAACUUUCUCAGUUUUUAUCUCGUUUGGGCUGUAUGCAUAAUAAUUAUUGUUUUUCAGUGCCUGCUUUCCGUGAUGUCAUUGAUGUGCCUCUGGUUGUGAGACGGCUGCAUAAAUCUCGGCCACAGGUACAUAUCAUGAUAUUGAAGCGAUUAUCUGGCGUAGUUUGUCUUGUUUUAUUUUCUACAUUGCUUUUCUUGGUUCAGGUGAGGGAAGAACUUGGAAUUGGAGAAAAUGUAAAAUUACUCAUCUUCAAUUUCGGUGGCCAGGUAGGAUAGCCUUCAUUCUCUCUGUUUUAGUGCACCGAUUCUUACUGGAUUUUUUCUAAUACUUUCCUCUCCUAAUGCCUUCAUCACUGUUUUAAUGAUGCAUUAGAGAUGGAAGUUUUGGGAAGCCUUUUGAUGUAUAUAAUUUAUUGAAUGAUUUUGUGUGGUAGUUUCUUACUUUGUUCCUUCAUGUACUACCGGUUUGAAUCAGAUCGUCUCAUAUAUUAUUUUAAUUUAUAGAUCGAGUUUUUUGAUUUGUGAGCACCCAUCCUGUUUUCCCCUUAUUGCCACUGAAACUGCUCGGCUGGAAACCCUUGUGUAUGUUCUUGGUCUGAUGGCACGAGAUGAUCCGCUGCAUAUUCCCCAAGAUAGAUUGAUUCAAACUUCCGGGAUUUUAUUUUAUUUUACCUAUAAUGGUAGUGUCGGGUAUCAGGGCAUCUGACUAAGUUGUAUUUGAAAUCAUAUUAAAUUUUUAUUGUCAUUUUUUUCUUUGAUAACAUUGAUCUGUUGAUGUUUUUUCCCUUAGAAGUUUAUUUUUAUGGGCAUCACCUUCAUUAUCAUCGCGAUUGCAGAUGAUGUCCAGGCUAAUGUAGCCUUAUCUCAUUGAGCAUCUUGUCCUGUAGAUCGAACUUUUAGGAGAUUCAAGGAGACUCCAUUUAGCCAUAAACUCGGCACCCACUGCCUCAAACAGUCAUAAAAGUUUUCCAUUUCCGGAUUGGAAAGGGAGGGAAUCUCUUCUUGAUCUUUGUUGAAUGUAUAUCGAGAGUCUGGCAGUAGUUUCUUCUGAAUUACAUAUGCAAGUUGAUUGGAUGGAAUGAACAGCCAUGCUAUGAAAUUAGUGGAACGAGCUAGUGUGUGGGAAAUGCACAAGACUUGGCUGUCAAUAUUUUUAUUUUGAUUUUAUUGUGAAAAUAUAUUCUGUCAUGACGUUUAAUAUGGUACUUCUUUUGCAAGUAUUCUAGUUUUUAUCAUAUGCAUAUGCAUAUCGUAUUACGGAAAUUUCUUUCAUACAUGGUGAUUUUUUUUCAGCCAUCAGGUUGGAAACUAAAGCAAGAGUGGUUGCCUGAUGGCUGGAUAUGUUUGGUAUGACAUUCUUGGGUUUUAUGAGGCUUCGUUAUUUGCCAGAAUGUCACAUCGAUACUUUGCUAAUGCCGUUUAUUUUGAUUACUCACUGAGUGAAGGUUUGUGGUGCUUCUGAGAACCAAGAGCUUCCCCCAAACUUCAUAAAACUUGCGAAAGAUGUGUAUACCCCUGAUCUUAUGGCAGCUUGCGAUUGCAUGCUUGGUAAACAAUUGAGCAAUAUUUAAAGUAUAAAUAACCUUACAAUUAUGUUAGAAUUUCGGAUCAUUUUCUUAAAAACUGUUGUAUUUCAGGUAAAAUUGGCUAUGGCAACGUAAGUGAAGCUUUGGCAUAUAAUUUGCCAUUUGUUUUCGUACGCAGAGACUAUUUUAAUGAAGAGCCAUUUCUCAGAAAUAUGCUUGAGGUUUGCACCAGAGAUUUUCUUUUUCAGUUCGUGAGAAAGUAUUUGACAUGCUUCACUAAAAUGUUUAUCACUUUAAACAGUGUUACCAAUGCGGUGUUGAGAUGAUAAGGAGGGACUUCCUCACUGGUCAUUGGAAACCUUACCUUGAGCGUGCAAUCAGUCUGGAACCGUGCUAUGAUGGGACUAUCAACGGUGGAGAGGCAAGUGCCUUUUAUUCCUUUUUUCUACUUUAUCAUAAAUGUAAAGUUCAUUAUCUUCUGCAAAGAUUAUUGCAGAUUGGGGUCAAUGCAAGGUCAUACAUUGUGGUACCUUUUAUGUUGGAAGGGACAUUAAUACACAGAGAACGAUUCAUUGAAUUUUUCACUAUUUUCUAUUCUGUUUCUUGAAGAAUCUUUCAAAUGUGACUAUGGACAUGCCAUAUUGCAUUAACUUUCUCUUCCUGAUGCAUAUUUUUUUAAAUCCAGAAAGUUGACAUUUCUGUAGCUGCAUCUCCAGGUAGCUUCUUGCAUUCUACAAGAUGCAGCUAUUGGAAAACCUCAUGCACCAGAUAAGGUAAUUCAUCAUGGAAGCCCGGUUCAUUUUACUGAGCUCUGUGUAGAAACAUGAUAUUGAUUAUUUAGUUCUUGUCCAUUUUCUAAUUAAGUUGUCAUUCAACCAGAUUUAAUUACGUUGACAUUUUCUACAGUGCAAUGUUUUCCGCUGCCUUUGAUUGAGAAUAUCUAUUAUUUUUUUAGAGUAUGCGUAUUGAAUUGGUUAUCUGUAAUAGCUGAAGUUUUAUCAUAUCAUCGCUCUUAGUACUUCAGACUUUCAAUCCUGCAAAGGUUGACUCUGCUUAUUUGGUUAGAAAAUCACUCUUAUGAUCGGGGACUGAACUGAACUUACUGAAAUAUGUUUGGGUUGAAUGGUCUUUGUGGAUGAUGCCGUCAUGGUUUAUUCUACCCAACUCUGUUAUUAAAUCCUAUUUAGUUCUGAAUCUGACAACUUUAAUGUUUUAUUAAUAGGUUUUAUUCAUGUUUGCACUGAGUCUCUCGUCUUUUAUUUUUGAUCUCUUAUUUUUAUUUUACACCUCGAUUUUCUAGCUUUAAUUAAUCCCUGUUUUUUCGAUUAUUUUAUGCAGUUGAGCGGAGCAAGGAGGCUACGUGAUGCAAUUGUUCUCGGGUAUCAAUUACAAAGGUCCCCUGGUAGAGAUAUCAGUAUUCCCGAGUGGUAUUCUCGUGCAGAAAAUGAAGUGGGACUUCGGCCUGGAUCACCAAAUUCAGACGUGGAUGAGAACAACUCCUUUGUGGAAUCGCAUGUUUUCUAUCUCUGUGCUCCGUAAUCUUUUUCUGUGGCUAUAUGCUUUGUUACUUAUAUUCUUCUCGCACUUUUGUAGGUAUAUUGAGGAUUUUGAGAUCCUACAAGGGGAUAUGCAUGGUUUACCUGAUACAAUGGCUUUCCUGAAGAGUUUAUCAGGACUUCAUUGUUCAGUUGACUCAGGAAAGAAUGGUGAGAAGCCUCAGCAGCGGGAACGUGCUGCUGCUGCUAGGCUCUUUAAUUGGGAGGUCUUCGCUUGUCUGAUUUCUCUUGGUUUUUUACUCUUUGGUUAAUUUAAUCCUUUUUCCUGAACGCAUUUGGAAAACCGUUCAUGGUAGCAUGAAAAAUGCAUGGACUUGUGUUAUAUGACGCAAAAAACCGAUGCUGCUUUUUUAUGAAAUGUUGAAGAAGAGCCUUAUAUGUUCUUUUUAAAGUACACAGGAGGAGAUUUUUGUCGCAAGAGCACCUGGAAGGUUGGAUGUGAUGGGAGGCAUUGCUGAUUAUUCAGGAAGCCUUGUCUUACAGGUUAACAUCUAGAAAAAGUCAUGAUUCAUACAUAUGUAUCGGGGCUGAUUUUCUAUAGCCUACGUUCGUCUUCUCAGUAUAUGGUGAUAUACCAUUCAUCUAGAACUAUGUUUUCACAGGUCUAACGACAGUUAAGUAACUUUAAAUUAAUUUAUAAUGUAUUAAUGUAUAAUACUUGGUUGGAAAAGAACGAGGUAGCUUAAUUAUUCAUACUGUUAAAGAUAUAUGUGGAAUUAUUUAUUUUAUAGAUUUACUUAAAUAUCUUCCCGGCCUAUUUAACCUGCCAUAAGUAAAAAGGGCUUCUCCCAUGAACUUGGACAGCAAUCAACCAUCAAAAGAAAAUGGAAAAGCACCUCACCUAGAUUUAUGCAUUUUUCUCCUUAAUGAUCUGUCAAGUUUAAAAUCCUUUUCACAUUGAUCCGUACAUUUGUACCUUUUACCUUUCAGUACUCUAGACAAGAACUGAUACUCUUGUAUUGUUACGUGCUUACUUCUCAAACGAGAGAAUUUAUUUCUGACUUGUAUUAUUUUUCUUUUUUUCUCUUACUCUACAUAAUUUGUUCUUAGAUGCCAAUAAAAGAGGCCUGCCAUGUCGCUGUCCAAAAAAAUCAUCCUAGCAAGCAAAAACUUUGGAAACAUGCCCUAGCACGUCAAAAUGCAAAAGGACAGGGACCUAUUCCGGUUCUGCAAAUUGUAAGUCAUGGUUCAGAAUGACUAUCGUUUAAAUGUAGGAUGUAUUCCUCUUCUUACUUAGCUUUCAUUCAUCUUUAAAAGGCAUUUUAACAUAUCACACAUCUUACUCAUAAUAUAAAUUGUCAGUUUUUAUAAUGUGAUGCUAAAAAUCCACACCGGCAUCGUGAAAUAUGCUAUAAUAAAUAUGAUGUAGGCUUCUUUUUCAGGAAAAAGUGAUAUUUAGACAGGGCUAAAACAUGUUUCCAACGUUAUGUUGAUGACCUUUGCCUGUAGUGUCUCUUUUUCAUGUCUCUUAUUUGUUGAUAAUAUUGCUGUGCAUGUGACAACCUAACAUCUUUGAAAACCAAGUUUGAUCAUAUUAUAUAAGUAUGAUAUUGGGUUUUUUGGGCUUUUAACUGGGUCAGCAUUUUUACAGAGUUUUAGGCUAAUUGGGGUAAAGUGAUGGGAGUGUGGAAAAGAAAGGAGAUGAAGAAAUGUCUAUUAUUUGUCAGUCAUUCUCUGCCACUGACACUGCCAUUGAUGACACACUCUUGAUUUUCACGUCUCCCUCCUCCAAUACACUCUUGCCUCUUUGCCAAAGUUGCUGUCUUACACUGAGGAAGGGAUUCGGUCUGACAGGCUAAAACGUCUUGAAUUCGUACAAAAAUACUCAUCAUUAAAGAUGCUUUUAUAAUGGGACAUAAAAAAUAUUCCUGUAGUAUUUAAUAAAGUAUUAAAUUUUAUUGUAUUCUAUUCCUAAGAUUGAUUACAAUAAUUCUUGUAGGUCAACGUGACUUGGAUCCUAGCCAGGCCAAUUGGUAGUAGUUUAAAUUCGGUUGUAUGAAAUCUAGCUUUUUAGUGGUUAUCCACCAAUGGGACUGCCGAUCCUUUCAUAUCAAUAUGCAUUAGCAUUAUAUAAUCGAAAACUGGGCUGUAAUUACAGAUUGCUGAAUGUACCCGUGUCACCCAGGACUUGGACUUUUUCUUCUUCAGUUAAUUGCAAUCUAUGAUUUGAGUACCACAAGCAGUCUUGGGGCCCUUUGCUUUCAACUUUUAUUUCUUGCGUUCUAUGAACGAUUUGGAAACAUUGAACAUCAUUUAUUUUGCUUUGUCACGUUCAGAAACUCACUCUUGAUCCUUCUAUUUCCGUUUCAGGUAUCAUAUGGUUCUGAGUUGAGUAAUCGUGCACCCACCUUUGACAUGGAUCUAUCAGAUUUGAGGGAGGGUGACAAACCAAUAUCGUAUGAUAAGGCAUUCAAUUUUUUUGCUCGAGAUCCAUCUCAAAAGUAUGCCCGUGUUGACUAUUUAUCUGUAAUAGGAUUAUAAUAAUUUCUUGAGUUAUUUAACUAGCCGUGAUAUUUCAGGUGGGCUGCAUAUAUUGCAGGAACGAUUCUUGUUUUAAUGUCUGAAUUGGGCGUCCAAUUCAAGGACAGCAUCAGCAUUCUGGUAAUGCUUCAGUCUUUGUUCUGGUAAUUUUAGUGAUGUAACACAACACAUGACUGCUAAGAUGCUGCAUUCUGUCUUUACUGAUACCUCAGUCUGAUGAACGUGCUUUUUUUUCGAAAAAUUUCCUUCUUACGUUACUUGCACUACUGUUAAAUAUUCAAAAAUUGGUGCCAAGGUGUUCUAGAUCUAGACUGUAUCCCAAGUACACGAAUGACUGAAGAAGGAAGGCAAGGAUAUUUUUCCUGGAAAAUUAAAAGAUAUUUCUCAUCAUAUCAAUGCCGUUAUUCAUGGCUUUACUGAAACUCCAAGUCUUUCGGCUAGAAUGUCAGGAAAACUGUGGGUUUAUGAUUGAAGAAGAAAAGAACGGAAUGAGAAAGACAGAAUAGAACAGUGCUGCAUCAGUCGUUCUCACACCUGCGCAGGCCCUUUCAAGUUUUAUAUGUGAGGAUAAAAAAUAGGACAAUGAAACUUUACAUUGUUAGGUAAAAUGCUAAAUUACACCCUCUCAAGAGGAUACAAUUACCACAUUGACCCUAAUUUUCACCGUUCCCCCAGUUGAGAGGAGAUGUCUAUCACACUCAACCUACAUAGAGUAGGGAUGUGUUGAGUUGUCAUUAUCAUUUUUAGAAAAGGGGUGAUAACGACUGAAUUUCUCUCUUCUAACCGCGAUAUGUAUAAACCCCCUCACUAAAAUUUAAUUUUUCUCUGGUGAAAAAAUCAUCAAUCUCCGUGUUUAGAAUAGUCAUGUUGCAGUAAAUUAUUUUGUGAUGUUUGACGCUGCCUUAUCCUUACAGUAGACUUUUAGUGAUAUCUUGACUUCAAUGUUCGGAUUUCCCAUGAAAAUCUUUACUCAUAAUUUAGCUUAGGCAGUAGACUCGGCGUAUACUGUUUAUUUCUUAUUUCUCCGAGUGACUAGGUUCUGCCCGAAGAACAUACACAACCCCAUGGUGGACCUCUUGUCAUCAUGAGAUCUUAUCUAAUCAGUAUCAAUAUGGCCUUCAAUAUGUACGUGAUCAGACUUAAAGAAUAAAAGUCCUUUUAGAGGACAAGGCGUAGAAUAUCUAUCAUGCAAUUAGUGUUAAGGAAUAUGCAUAUAUUGAUGGACCACACUUAAACCAGAUAUUAGUUGUUGUAUUGUCGAACACAAAACUAAUAAUAUUCUACCAGUCGUUGUUAUGUAGAAGUUUCAACUUUGAAUGCACCUCUGAAUUGGUUUUUAAUUUGAUACUGUAUGACUUUAAGAUGGUAUCAAAGCCAAUAUAUUGUCUCAGUGACAAAGCCCAUGGCAUCUAACUCAUAAAGGGGCGUGCUGAGAGCAGUCCUAUCUAUGUGUAAAGUUCUGAUCAUAAUAUGGGCUUACUAUGGGCUUCACUGAUCACCCAUUGGCUUAAGUUAGGUGGAUCAAUACCUCCAACAUGUAUUCAUUAGAUAUUUGUAUUAUUUCUUAUUAUUCAUGGGCAAAUAUAAUGAAUGAUGACGUUUUUCUGCAUAAAAUACAGACUAAAUGGAUUGGACAGCCAUCUAUCAUUUCACCUUGUUUUAUCAUCUGGAACUUUCAGGUUUCCUCUGCAGUUCCUGAGGGGAAAGGUGUUUCUUCUUCUGCAGCGGUGGAAGUUGCCACCAUGUCUGCCAUUGCUGCUGCACAUGGUUUGUGGUUUUUUUCUGAAGUUAGAAAAGUUCGAAUUAAUUGCUUCUAAUCAGAAAGGUUAUCCUAGUAUUUUGGAAAAUAAAUUUUGUAUAACUGCAUUUUCAGUCUGGUUGCCAUUUUCCUCAGACGAGAUAUAAUCACUAUACUAUCAAAUUUACCUGGCCGUUAACAUGAAAUAACGUGACAUGCUGUUGGUAGUUGAACUAUGAUGUACUUAUCCAUAGAUUCUUUGUAGUCUUAUCCCAUUUUAGGUGGAAAACAUGUGAGCCUAUGAUUACAUAAGCAUGUCCUUGUGAAAUAUAAGGCGGCCCCACAGUAGAAAUGCAGAGACCAAAUGGGUGAUGAUUAGAUUAAUAUUGGAAUGGAUGACACCAACAUUACAGAAAUCCUUCCAAAAUAGGCACAUGCUUCAACUUUUGACUACAAAUGAAAGAUGUUUGGGAAAUUUUAUUACUGGCGACCAGAACUUGAGGACCAUUAUUUCUAAGAAUUUCAGAAGUUGCUUUUUAGUGUCUAAAAUUAUACUGUCCUUCAUAAAUGGAAUCUAAUGGCUUUCCUUCUGUAGGACUGAAUAUUACACCUAGAGACCUUGCAUUGCUCUGUCAGAAGGUAUGAGCCUUUAACAAAUUAUAUGAUUGGUUGUCAUAGAAUACAAAUAUAUGAUGUUUAUGAAUUUUUUAUCGUUUGACAGGUCGAAAAUUUAAUCGUUGGAGCUCCUUGUGGAGUGAUGGAUCAAAUGACAUCAGCAUGUGGUGAAGCAAACAAACUGCUUGCUAUGGUUUGCCAGGUAAUACUUGUGCCUGUUUCACGAAGGAAAACCAUUCUGGCAUGGAUUCAACUCUUUGUUUGAUUAAUUCGUCUUCUGCAGCCUGCCGAGGUCAAAGAACUUGUUACUAUCCCAACACAUAUACGUUUCUGGGGUAUUGACUCUGGGAUACGGCACAGGUACUUUAUAAAUCUAUCCAUCCCUCUCAUGUUGAAUUUAUAAAACUAAAAUUUAUUAACUUUUAACCUACAGACUCAUUUGUUUGAAAAAUGCUAAAAUUUUCUGAUGAUUUUACAUUCUCCAUUCCUCAACUGCUUCAUGGGGUUGCGAUUAUUCCACCAAAACUAGGACUUACAUAAGGCUUGCUUUCUUUAAAACAGUCUUGUUGACCUGUUCAUAUUUUCUAUCUUAUUUACCUAUCUGAUUUGGAGACAUUCGUGGUAGUUAAGCAAUAGGAGAUUGCUCUUGGGGGCCUAUAGGCGGCAUGCCCAACCUUCAUUCGAGGGUCUGACACAUUGCAUGUAUUAGGCUUAUGUUGGGUGGGAUUGUGGUGAGUGUUCACUACUCAUAUACCCGCGGGUCUCUUGAGGGUUUGAGGAUUCCUUUAUGUUUCAUUUGGGAUGAAAUUAAUACCACCUCUUUCUGUGCCCUGUGAUCUGGAGUUUUUAUAAAGGGUAUGCAAAUGUGAGUACUUGAGCCUUUAUUUUCUUUGCAAUAUAUUCUGCUGUACGAACCACUUUCUAAUAGAACUUAAUCUCUAUGCAGUGUUGGCGGCACAGAUUAUGGCUCCGUGAGGAUAGGUACCUUUAUGGGAAGGAAAAUCAUAAAGUCUGAAGCUUCAGCUUUAUUAUCCAAAUCUCUUGAUACGAAUACCCUUCUGGGAGUAGAUGCCACGAAUCCUGAUGAAUUUGAGGAGGAUGGCAUCGAGUUGCUUAAAAAUGAAAGUUCGAUUGAUUACUUAUGCAACCUCUCAACUCACAGGUGAAGAUAGUGCUUUUCAUCAUGUUGCAUUGCUUAGUUUCAUCAUGUUGCAUUGCUUGGUGAUAAAUUUAUUAUUGCGUUUGCUUAGAUAGCAGACUGACCAUCAUAAUAAUCACUUAUGUCACUGGAGGAGGUUUCCUCGGUUUCAUGUUCAGAUUUCCAGAGUACAAAUCUGGCCCACAAAAAAAAACUUGUAGCAUUGCUCACUUUAAACAGGUCUUUACGAAAUUUGGAACAUGACCAUAUCUGAAUGUAAUGGGCCUUUCUGAAUUAAAAAAAAGUUAUGCAAAAAAUAAACAGUGCCUAGAUCUUUCGGGGGGGGAGGGGGGGGGGGUGGGGGGAAGGUAUGUGGAGAGGGAGGAGGUGGUAGAAAGAUGAUGUAGGCCGUUAGUAGAACCUUUGAACAGUCCAUGUUGUGCAGACGGAGAUCAUGAGCUCGGUGAAGAGACAAUGCAGAAUCCCAAAGGUGUCAAGAUGUUCGUUUUAGAGUAACCAUGGGUUCUACUACAAGUUAUGGAAGUGAAUAGAUCCAUAUUUUGGAUAGUUAUAAAUGGUUUAUUUAAAAAACUCGUAAAAUAUAUUUUCAAAGAAAAAUCCGAAUCUUCAUAUCUUCUUAAGGAAAUCAAGUUUGUAUUUUACUAAAUAAUAUAAUAUAAUUUUUUCAAAAUGAUUUUACAUGAUCUAUUUAUUUCUCAUUGAUAUCCAUUUUUUUCUCAAUCCUCCUUUCAUCGGCUUAUCUUCAAUUAAAAAAUCUCUUUUUAAGGUUAAUUGCCUCAAGAAUAAGAUAUUUGCGGUUGUUUAACAAAAAGGUCUAGAAAAUUUUCUUUUCGACGACGAACAUGAGAAUCGACAGAGUUGUCUAAGGAUAUUCAUAAAUAAGAAAAAGAGAAACGCAAAUAAUUUAGGGUGGGUAUCAUAGUGAACGAUUUUAGAAGUAUGGAGGUAGUUGAAUGCUGCGUCCUUUUUCUAUUCCCUGCUUUUUUUUCAGGUAACUUUAUCUUGUCUUCUUUUUUUAAAUACCAAGUAUCCUUUAUAGCACUUUUUAUAUUUAUAUUUCCAGAAUUGGCUUAUAAACAUUUACGCUUGAGCACUUUUUUUUUUCAGAUACGAAGAUUCUUAUGCCAAGAUUCUUCCAGAGUCUAUCCUUGGAGAGACAUUUCUAACAAAUUACGUCGAUCAUAAUGAUCCGGUGACCGUUAUUAAUCCCAAGCGCAUUUAUGGAGUCAGGUCACCUACCAAGCAUCCCGUAUAUGAAAACUUCCGAGUGAAGGUAAGUAAAUGCGCUGACUACGCUCUUCCAUUGUCUUCAAGCUAAAGACCUGGUUAAGGAUAUCUGUUCUUACGUAUACAUACAGUCGGCAAAUGGAAGAUAGCUUCUUAUUUUUUUGUCUAGAUGGAUGGAACCAUCAGGCUCGCCAACCAUGUUUUCAUAUGUUUAUGAUAUUCUGUAUGAUAGCAGUCACGGUAAAGCACGAAAACCAUGUUUGUCAUAAAUUGGCAUGAUUGCAUCAUAACAUAGUCAUAUUAGGACUUAUCUAUGAGGCUCUGAAACUUCUUUAAGCCGUGCCCAAACUUUUUACGAACCCAAUAACUUGAUACCAUUCCAGAUGAACAUAUUCGCUUAUCCAUCUUAUGUGUUAUUUCUCUGCAAAAAACCACCUCUUUUAUGCGUACCUCUAGGCCUUCAAAGCCUUAUUAACGGCAGCAACAACAGAUGAACAGCUCUCUGCUCUCGGAGAACUCAUGUAUCAGGUAACUCAGAUUGCUUGGGUGGGGUUAUUUCAUUGAUGAAUAAAGAUAAAAUGCCUGGGAUGCGUGAGCUAGUUCAAAGAGUUCGUUCAUGGAGAUCCCAUGUUAUCCUAGUUUUUUUGUCCUACAUUUCCUUGCAGUGCCACUACAGUUACAGUGACUGCGGGCUAGGCUCCGAUGGAACCGACAGACUUGUGAAGCUGGUUCAGGAAAUGCAGCACCGCAGGGCGUCAGAUGGGAAAAGUAGCCUAUUUGGAGCAAAAAUCACUGGAGGCGGCUCGGGUGGAUCUGUCUGUGUUGUUGGAAGGAAUUGCAUCCGAAGCAGCAAAGAAAUACUCGAGGUAACCAAUGCAUCCAUAACCAGUCGCCGAUUUACUGAGGCAACUGAUGAAACUUGAAGUCUUCAUUCAGAUGUGAUUGAACAGAGACCCUUAAGAUAGUAAAUUAAUGGGCUUUGGAGAUCAGUUUUUGAUUCCUUCUACAACAGUUUUAGUCAAUGGAAUCGAGCAUAUAUACAUUCCAGUUAAUGAUCCUUGUCAUGUUUUCUGAAACCAGAUACAGCAGCGAUAUAAGACCGCCACCGGCUACCUGCCUUACAUAUUUGAGGGCUCCUCACCGGGUGCUGGAAAGUUCGGCUUCUUGAGGCUGCGGCGCCGCCACACCACCGCCGCCUCCAAACCCGGCAAGUGA